AGCUGUAAACAGAAAUUGUUUCUUCCCUUUCCUAAGUUUCCUGCCCUUAGCCACUGAACUCGGAGGCGGUUUACUGACUCUGUCCCCGUCGGAAACGAGUCCACAGCCAUGGGUGAACCAGAACAUGAACAACACCAAGAGCAGAAAGAGUUCGCUGAUGGAGGAAAGAGAAAGCUUGAUGCUUUCGAACUUGCCAAACAGAGAGCUCAAGAAAUAGCCUCGAGAAUCGCUAGUGACGCUGACCAGAAACGCCCUCGACUCCUCUCCGAAAACUCGUCCGAGCCUUCAUUGUUCUCAAGUUCGGUGUCUGCCCCCCCCUCUUUCCCUGUUCCCUUUGUUGCCCAACCAAGUCUGUAUUCACAAGGCACAAGUACGAAAAUUACAAUUCCUAAUGGCAAGGUUGGUGUGGUUAUAGGGAAAGGAGGAGAAACAAUAAAACAUAUUCAACUUCAGUCAGGGGCUAAAAUUCAAAUUACCAAGGAUCAAGAUGCUGAUCCCCAUUCUCUAACAAGGGAUGUAGAGUUGAUGGGUACUUCAGAACAAAUUAGCAGGGCCGAAGAACUGAUCUGUGAUGUGAUUGCUGAGACAGAUACUGGGGGCUCUGCUUCAUCUGCUGUUCACGGAUUGAAUACGAAGCAAUCUGGAGCUGAGCAGUUUGCAAUGAAAGUCCCUAACGACAAGGUUGGAUUGCUCAUUGGCAAGGGCGGUGAAACCAUAAAGUACAUGCAAGGCAGAUCGGGGGCUCGAAUGCAGAUAAUUCCCCUCCACAUUCCUCCUGGUGACACAUCAACAGAGAGAACAGUAUAUAUAAAUGGUUCAACAGAACAAAUUGAAGCAGCCAAAGAAUUGGUUAAUGAUGUAAUCAGCGGGAAACGUAUCAUAAAUCCAUCUGGAUCUAAUAGCUAUGCACAACCAGUUUAUCCUGCUGCUGGUAGCUGGGUCCAGCCAGGACAACCUAGUAUGCAACAACAGCCCCAAUAUGGGUACGCUCAACAAGGAAAUCAACCUACGUCCUCUUCUUACUAUGGCAACUACACCCAGCAACAAGUUUGGGAUCAGUCAAACCCAUCAACCAUGUCCCAAACACCUCAGCAAAUGACUGGAUAUGGUUACUAUGGACAACAACCUCAAGUGGGAUCAGCUCCUCUUAUUCCUAGCUAUAGCUACAAUCAGACACCUCCUGUUGCCAGCAGCACUUAUGAUCAUAGCUACAGUCAGCAGACAGCAAGCUAUGGACAAAACAUUCCUAGUCAGACUCUAUCACAAGAACAGCAGAAAGCAUAUGCAACUCCAAGUUAUGGGACAGCUACUGUGUCAUCUCAACCAGAUGGUGCAAUUUCCUCCCAAUCAAGUCAAGUGGCACCUGCAUAUCCGCCGAGUGCGUAUACUCAACCAGUGGCCAACCCUCAAACAUACUGGACUUCUUCAAGCUUCACUGGCCAACAACCACCUCAACCAGGAUAUGAUCAAACGGGGUACUCCCAAACUGCUUAUGGAGGGCUGCAACCAGGCCUAGUCCCUCCCCCGUCAAGUCUUUAUGGACAAGGUGGAUAUCCCCUUCAGCCAUCUCCUGCAGCAGCAAAUUAUGUUCAGGGGACACAUCCUCACGCUUAUGGACAGCCACAGCUGGAGACACAACCCCAGUCACAGCCAUCAAACAAUGGUCAUUCGCAGGCAUUGGCUUAUGGAGCUGAAACUCAUGAUGGGAACUCAAAAACUGCUGUGCAGGAAGCUGUUCCUUCGCAAAGCUGAAUUUCUAGCUGUUCAAAGAUGUCUCAAGCGAAGGGAACAAUUUUUGCUGAUUUUAUCGCCAUCCUAAGAGCUAGGCAACCGCAGAGUUUGGUCCUUUCACAAUUGGUAGUCCCCUUCAGAUGGGCCGUAUGGUUUCUUUCCCUCUUUUUCUUUUGCUUGGGGCUCUUCUGAUCUUUCUUUGCGUUCCGAAACACCAGAUGAAUAAAUAAACGACAGGUGCUGUCUAUGAACAGAUAUGAGUAUGGAUGCUUAACCAGGUUGUGAGAUUGCCUUCAGAAACAAAACGCUUUAAUUGACUUGGCAAAUUCAAUGGCAAAUUGAAGGUUAAGAACUUGCACCGUUGAACCACUGCAGAACAAAUUCUGUGGAAAAAACCAACCGAGAGUGUGGCUGUGAGAAUCUGACGGAACCCAUUUUAAUAAAAAUAAUGUGUCAUCAAAACAAACAAGGUGGAUCCGUGGCGCAAUGGUAGCGCGUCCGACUUCAGAUUCAAUGUAUCCUUUUUUGUAAUUUACAGAAACUCCUAAAUUUUAAUAAAAAUAAUAAAUUAAUCUCUA